GUUAUUAGUAGACAAAUUUAUUUAAAAAGCGCCAAAUAAAUAAAAGUUUUGUUUACAUUUACAAUGAAUUUAAUUUGUCGCUCUUUUGAUCUGUCAAGUUACUAAAAAAGUGUAAAAACAACCACCGAGAAAUUAAAAAGUGGCGAAUUCAAGUUGGCACCCACUACCCGAUCGUCAAUUGUUUGCACGCCUAACCUCUAAGUUUAGUGUUUGAAUUCCGUAGAUUUUUCGGUUUUAGAGUGAUGCCAGUAUGGCCAAAUCCAGCAAAUCUGGCCGAGGGAGGAAAAAGAGGUCGUCAUCUUCGCGAAGCAAGUCAUCUAGCAACAAAAAAAGUGGGUCACCUGUGCCCCAGACAAGUCGUCAAAAUGCCCCCAAAACGCAAAGUCCGCUCAGUUCCAACUCCGAGACUAGUCCUUUUAAGGGUUUCAACAUUGUGGAUCCCGUUGAAGACAAGGAAGACUUGUUUGAUAGAUUGCUAGAGCCAGGAUUUGUCAAUCUUCACAAAAACAUAAAAACGUAUUCGAAUAAAAGGAAAGCAAGUCGUGCUAAUGACACACAUUUGUUGGAAUUUCAUGAUUGUAAAAAUCGCGAGGAAAUCGUUCAGUGGUUGAAUGAUAACCGAAACGCUUUUGAUCGGCUUACCCAAACUCAAACCCAAGAUUGCUGUUCAGCGGUCAGUGACACAGCUGCGACUUUUGACAUGCCGUCAGUGUCACAACAAAACACCCCCAGUGCCAAAAGAGCAAGAAAACGAAACGUGAAACAUCGGCGGAGUCCUUACAAACUCCGAGCACGGUCUUUGGAUAUCCGCAUUAAAAAAAACGGCCCUAGUGGCAGGAGUAAGAGACAUUCUUUAGCUGGAGACACCCCCGAGUUGGAGGAUUACCACAUUGAGGACGCAGUCACAGAUGAAGAAGUCUACAUUCCUGCCCCAAAAGACGCCAUGGAAAUAAUUGAUUUGAUGGAAGACGAGUAUUUGGAUAAUAUAGAACGGGAAAUGUUACAGGACAAGAAGAAUUCCAACACAUCUGGAUGGGAGAGAAUCAAAGACAUGAGCAGAAGCAUCACUCCGAAAAAACCCAAACAAUUGGAUAUCAUGCUACUGAGCGGCGAUAAAAAAGACACCAAUGUGGAAAAGGAGAAGGAUAGUUUUCCGUGUUAUGAUUAUGACCUUCUAGAAAAAUAUUUCAUUGAGAAUAUGGGAAAAAUUAUGGGCCAAAAUGACUCAAUUAGUGGAUGUACAGACGUAAGUUUCACCCUUCAAAACGCCAUAAAUGUCGGCAAAAAUUUUCUAACGCUGGUGAGAAAAUUGAAACACACUCAAAGGGAGCAUUUGAGGGAAAUAUGGCCUUUGGUGACCGAAAUCAAACAUUUAUUUAGCACUUUUGAUAAAAAUAGUUCAACUCAGACGUCUCCUAUUCAAAACUUGGUUCAGAGUGAGCCAAACGUAACGAAUAUUUCCAUACAAACUGAUACAUUUGCACUCAAUAACUCAAAUUGCCAUAAAAAUACCCAAACUGAAAUUGCGAAAAUAAGUGUUGAAGUCCAAACUGAAAAAAUCGACAAUGUUCCUCAAGUACUACACCAACCUGAAACUAAGAAAAUAAGUAUUGAAAUCCAAACUGAAAAAAUCGUCGAUGUUCCUCAAGUAUUGCACCAACCUGAAACUAAGAAAAUAAGUAUUGAAGUCCAAACUGAAAAAAUCGAUGAUGUUCAAGUAUUGGACCAACCUGAAACUAAGAAAAUAAGUAUUAAAGUACAAACUGAAAAAAUCAACAAUAUUUCUCAAGUACUACACCAACCUGAAACUAAGAAAAUAAGUAGUGAAGUCCAAACUGAAAAAAUCGACGAUGUUCCUCAAUUGUUACACCGGGAGUCAACUUCAGCCACAUCGACUCCAUCUGAUCUCAUGUUUAUUGACGAACGUGAGAUGGGAGAAGUAGCCAAAGCGUUAGAACCCGGUUUCAGGUCUAGAGACAGUGGGGAUGAAGAAACCGAGGCAAAGGAGUCUCAACGUGACCCUUUUGGGGACGAUAGUGACUUUGAUUUCAAUACAGACGAUAUAAUGAAGGGUUGUGAGCAAAAAACUGUAGAGAAAAAUAGGGAUAGUGGACAGUCUUGUUUGAUUGUGACGGAUGAAACCGGAAAAGAGAGUGUCAAAGGGGUCAAAAGGGGCCAAACGGAAAGUCCAGUUGGGGGCGAAGGGAGUAAGUCGAAAAGACCGUGUGCGAAAUUCAUACGUGAUGACUUGUCGGUUGCCUUUUCUACAUGUGUGGAUGACGAGAGUAGAAGAGGGGAGGAAAUCGUUUUAAUUUCGGAGGAGAGUGACGAUUCUGUCUAUGAUGAAUAUUUAACUAAUCUGCUUAAGAAAAACGCGCAGGAGGUACCGGAACCCACCGAACCAACUCCGAAAACCCGAACACAAGAACAGAUUGAAGAAUUAGAAAACAUAAUAUACAAAGCUACAAAGCCUACACGUUUUGCUGGACAGAACGAGAAACAAAACACACCAAAGAGUCUCCAACGCUCUAAAAUUACAGAAGUAGAAGAUGACUUGGAUUAUUUCAAACCCUAUUCCUUAACUGGUGCCAACCUUAAUAAUAAUACAAUAAGAAAAACCCGGAGAGAUUUGUUCAAUUCAAAAGCUGACAAAGACAAUCAGUUUUCGGAAUCGCUAUUUAUCAGUGAUAAAAACGAAAGUCUUGUGCUUAACAAGACAAUAACUCCUAAUAACGUUAAUGAAAUCAAUUAUAACGACUUUGUGAGCGAUCGUGAAGUUGAGGAAAUUUUACAACGUGAAAACUCGAAAAUUAAAAUACUGGAAAACGUAUUAGUAAAACCCGCAGAUGAUAAUGCGAGUGAGACUAGUGAUGUAGAUGUUGUCGAGUCGACGCCUCAGAAAAAAGUCCCGAGUUUCUCAAGAAAAAAAGACGAAUCUCCCCUCAACAUAACACUGCCACCACCAAUGGAAUUCCAAGAUUCCGAAAAUGUUGAUCAACAAGACGAGAUACCGAAAUUUCAGAUUCCGGUAUCUCCACGACGCCCUCUGGCUGUGAUUAAUAAAGUAACAAGCACGCCGAUUUCGCAAAAACGCGACACUCAAACUUUACCAAGUCUCUCGCCGAUAACAGAUUCGUCGGUUCAGGAAAAUCGUCCAAAGAACCGAAUUUUGGGGCCGUAUGAAACAGCUCAACAAUCCAAAUUUUCUCCUCUGACAAUAAUUAAGAAACCUCCGUCUCAAACAAUUCGUCCGAAUCAAACCCCUAAACAGAAAAGCAUUUUGAAUUAUGUCAAGUCACAAGAGAGUCAAGAAUCUCAAAAAUCUCAGACCAAACCUUGUAUCGCUUGUAGUCGAAUCAAUCGCGAUCAAGUAAUCGCACUUUCGUCAAUGACCAAUAGGAAAUUAGCAUCGUACAGUACGUGUUUUUCCCCGAAAGUAACUCAUUUGGUGGUUUCGGUCGACGAGAGAAAUUGUUUGAAAGAUCAUACGAUUAAAUUUAUUUCGGCCGUUGCUGCAGGGAUUUGGGUGGUGAGUUUCAAGUGGGUGGAGGAGUGUCUAAAGAAGAAUGCUAUAGUGCCGGAAGAACCGUUUGAGGUGUUGGAUGUGUCUGGAAUACCGGGUCCACGACAGGCGAGGUUGACAAGACAGACAAACCCCCUUUUCAAAGGGUAUAAAAUACAUGCAGCGGCACCGUUUAUGUCAACCACGCAAAAGGAGGUUGAGAAUGUCAUAAAAAUGCUCGGAGGUAAAGUGGUACCAGCACCGGAGUAUUUGCUGGAUAAAAUGGGGUAUAUUUGUGUAAUUGUUACCCAAGCAAAGGCUACAGAAGAUAUGGAGUUGUAUGAAACUUGGUUGGAAGCUUUGAAAGUGGUUACAGUGGAUCUUGAGUGGUUGAGCCGAUCUGUUGCACAGUACCAAGUUCUUAGUUUACGUCCUUUUACGCUGUGUUCUGAUAAUUCGAUUGACUCUUUAGGAUAUCCACCUGAGUUAGUCGUGGAUAUGACUUAUUCUUUCUCUCAACAAACGUUUAGUACGGUGCAUUCGAAACCCGUCUCUAAAUUCCUCGCCAAGAAGGACUUUAGUGGCCGCAUCAUCGGCGGCGACGUCGCCAAAGCCGGACAGUUCCCCUCGGCGGCUGCCAUCUAUGUGAGCACCAAGGACGGAACUUACUUCUGCGGUGGGGCUCUUCUUGACGAGCAAUGGGUCCUAACCGCCGCCCAUUGCAUCUCCAGCGGUGUAUCGUUCCAAGUUAUGUUGGGGUCCACCACCUUGCAAGGAAAUGACCCCAAUCGGGUCACUGUGGCAACAUCCACUUUUGUUCUUCAUCCCCAGUUCAACCCUAGCACUCUGGAAAAUGAUGUUGGACUCAUCAAAUUCCAUCUUCCAAUCACAUACACUGAUUACAUCAAGCCUGUGUAUCUCCCAACAGUCGACCUUAUCGAUAAUUUGGAUAACAUAGCUCUUGGAUGGGGCCAAACCAGUGAUGAAAACUCUGGUCUUACCAACCAACUUAACUACGUAACCGUUACCACAAUCCCCAAUGAUGAGUGUCAAUUGAGCUUUGCUAAUACCAUUUUCAAGACCAUGGUUUGUGUGGCUGGAAAUUACAACGAGGGUACUUGCAAAGGUGACAGCGGUAGUCCUUUGAUGACAACUUUGAAUCACCAUCACUGGCAUGUUGGUAUUUCCACUUUUAUUAGUACCAAUGGGUGCGAGACUCCGGACCCAUCUGGGUACACCAGAACGUUCCCAUACAUUGACUGGAUUAAGAACGUUACUCAAAUCCCAUAAAUUUUGAGACUAAUUAAUAAAUAGAUUGUGUUUAAAUUAAAUUUGUAACAAUAAAUUAUAUCGACACCAGAAAAUAAUAAA